CAGAAAACUGCAGAAUCAUAAUAAACAAAGUUUUUGCUUGAAAUUGUUUGUUUUUUUGUUAAAUAAAGUUAUUAAUUUUAUUCAAAAUUUCCAAGUAUGAAGAUUAAUGUGACUACUAUUGGGGACUUGACGUUUUCGUUAGAAGUGUCUGAAGAUUUAGAGCUGGAAAAUUUUAAAGCAUUUUGUGAAAUAGAGAGCGGCGUUACAACCAGUGAAAUGAUUAUUUUGUUCAACAAUGUCCCUUUAAACGAUGACAAGAAGAAUUUAAGGGAUUAUGGCAUUAAAGAUGGUGAUUUGGUAUCAUUGCAACAAGUUUCAUCGCGUUUUCCAGCUUCAAUAGUUCCGACCGCUCUUGAAGGGCUAGAUUUUAGUGCAAUUCAAGUGCCUCAAACUUCUAGCCCAUCAACACCUAACCGAAAUAAUCGCUUUCCCGGAUUCAAUGAUGAUCCAGCGAUGAUUAGGGAUAUGGUUCUUGCUAAUCCAGAUCAGUUAGCCUUACUCCAGCAAAAUAAUCCAGCAUUAGCCGAAGCAGUGCUUUCGGGUUCUUUAGAUCAAUUUGCCAGUGUUCUAAGAAGACAGUAUGUUGAGAAGCAACAGAAAGAUCAACAAAAAAUGAAGCUUCUUUCAUCAAAUCCAUUUGAUUCAGAAGCACAACGUCUCAUAGAAGAAGAAAUCAGACAAAAGAAUGUCGAGCACAACAUGGAAACAGCUAUUGAGUAUAAUCCAGAGAUAUUUGGAACUGUUAUUAUGUUGUAUAUAAACUGCAAAGUUAAUGGACAUCAUGUAAAGGCAUUCAUUGAUAGUGGCGCUCAAGCUACAAUUAUGAGCUCUGCAGCAGCAGAAAGAUGUAAUAUCAUGCGUUUAGUAGAUACUCGUUGGGCAGGAAUCGCAAAAGGUGUUGGUAUUCAAAGAAUCAUAGGAAGAAUACAUAUGGUUCAAAUACAAAUCGAAAAUGAUUUUUUAACGUCUAGUUUUUCUGUACUGAACGAUCAGCCUAUGGAUAUGCUUUUGGGAUUAGAUAUGCUUAAAAGACAUCAAUGCUCAAUUGAUCUUAAAAAUAAUUUCCUGUUGAUUGGAACUACAGGCACAAAAACUCCAUUUUUGACUGAAGCUGAAUUGCCAGAUUGUGCUAGGCUCACAGGAAGUCCAGAAGAAGAAAAGAAAGCCAUUGAAGAAUCUAAAAAACUAGCUGAAGAGUUAGAAAUAAAAGAAGCACUUGAAAGAAGUUCAUCCGGAGCUGGACCAUCUUCAUCACACAAAAGUAGUGUACCAAUAUCAGAUUAUAAAGAUCGUAUCCUGCCGACAGAUAACUUUAACGAAAACGAUAUUGCAGAUUUAAUGAAAAAUGGAUUUGAUCGAUCACGUUGUAUUGAAGAAUUGAGAAAUUUUAAAGGAAAUAAGACUCAAGCAUUAGCUUCGUUAUUUGCAAAAAGUUUAAAGUUUUAACAGGUUUUAAUUGAAAUUACUAACUCAUUUUAUUAAAGUCCUGAUUUUUCAUUUUAUUUCUUUU